GCGAGCGCAGCGGAGGCGGCCGUGAGGAGCUGUGUUUCCACCUCUCCAGCCCCGGCAGGACGGGGGCGGCCGCGGCGGGCCCGGGGUGGGGACAGCGCGCAGCCUCGCGACGCGCACCCCGCCGGCAGCGCCCGGCACUCGGGGCGAGCGGGAACGCGGCGGCGGGAGGAGGAUGCAGGGGAAGAAGCCGGGCGGCUCGUCGGGCGGCGGCCGGAGCGGCGAGCUGCAGGGGGACGAGGCUCAGAGGAACAAGAAGAAGAAAAAGAAGGUGUCCUGCUUCUCCAACAUCAAAAUCUUCCUGGUGUCCGAGUGCGCCCUGAUGCUGGCGCAGGGCACGGUGGGCGCCUACCUGGUGAGCGUGCUGACCACCCUGGAGCGGAGGUUCAACCUGCAGAGUGCCGACGUGGGCGUCAUCGCCAGCAGCUUCGAGAUCGGGAACCUGGCGCUCAUCCUCUUCGUGAGCUACUUCGGGGCCCGCGGGCACCGGCCACGCCUCAUCGGCUGCGGGGGCAUCGUCAUGGCCCUGGGCGCGCUGCUGUCCGCGUUGCCCGAGUUCCUGACCCACCAGUACAAGUACGAGGCGGGCGAGAUCCGCUGGGGCGCGGAGGGCCGUGACUUCUGCGCCGCCAACGGCACGGGCCGCGACGACGGGCCCGACCCUGACCUCAUCUGCCGCAGCCGGACCACCACCAACAUGAUGUACCUGCUGCUGAUUGGGGCCCAGGUGCUCCUGGGCAUCGGUGCUACCCCCGUGCAGCCUCUGGGUGUCUCCUACAUCGACGACCACGUGCGGAGGAAGGACUCCUCGCUCUAUAUAGGCAUCCUGUUCACAAUGCUGGUAUUUGGCCCAGCCUGUGGAUUUAUCCUGGGCUCUUUCUGUACCAAAAUCUAUGUGGAUGCUGUCUUCAUUGAUACAAGCAACCUGGACAUCACCCCGGACGACCCCCGCUGGAUCGGAGCCUGGUGGGGUGGCUUUCUCCUCUGCGGUGCCUUACUCUUCUUCUCUUCCCUCCUGAUGUUCGGGUUUCCACAGUCCCUGCCCCCGCACUCGGACCCCGCCGUGGAGAGCGAGCAGGCCAUGCUCCCCGAAAGGGAAUACGAGAGACCCAAGCCCAGCAACGGGGUCCUGCGGCACCCCCUGGAGCCAGACAGCAGCGCCUCUUGCUUCCAGCAGCUGCGAGUGAUCCCCAGGGUCACCAAGCACCUGCUGUCCAACCCCGUGUUCACCUGCAUCGUGCUGGCGGCCUGUAUGGAGAUCGCAGUGGUGGCCGGCUUCGCCGCCUUCCUGGGGAAGUACCUGGAGCAGCAGUUCAACCUCACCACCUCUUCUGCCAACCAGCUGCUGGGGAUGACCGCGAUCCCCUGCGCCUGUCUGGGGAUCUUCCUGGGGGGCCUCCUGGUGAAGAAGCUCAGCCUGUCCGCCCUGGGGGCCAUCCGCAUGGCCAUGCUCGUCAACCUGGUGUCCACAGCUUGCUACGUCUCCUUCCUCUUCCUGGGCUGUGACACGGGCCCCGUGGCUGGGGUCACCGUUCCCUAUGGAAACAUCUCAGCGCCCGGCUCGGCCCUGGACCCCUACUCCCCCUGCAAUAAAAACUGUGAAUGCCAGACCGAUUCCUUCACGCCCGUGUGCGGAGCCGAUGGUAUCACCUACCUGUCUGCCUGCUUUGCCGGCUGCAAUAGCACGAAUCUCACCGGCUGUGCGUGCCUCGUGACCAGCCCCCCCGAGAACGCCACGGUGGUCCCCGGGAAGUGCCCGAGUCCCGGGUGCCAAGAGGCCUUCCUCACCUUCCUGUGCGUGAUGUGCGUCUGCAGCAUGAUUGGGGCGAUGGCGCAGACACCCUCAGUCAUCAUCCUCAUCCGGACAGUGAACCCUGAACUCAAGUCCUACGCCCUGGGGGUUCUUUUUCUCCUCCUCCGUUUGUUGGGUUUCAUCCCCCCUCCUCUGAUCUUCGGGGCCGGCAUCGACUCCACCUGCCUGUUCUGGAGCACCUUCUGCGGGGAGCAGGGCGCCUGCGCCCUGUACGACAAUGUGGUCUACAGAUACUUGUACGUGAGCAUCGCCAUUGCACUCAAAUCCUUCGCCUUCAUCCUCUACACCACCACGUGGCAGUGUCUGCGGAAAAACUAUAAACGCUACAUCAAAAACCACGAGGGCGGGCUGAGCACCAGUGAGUUCUUUGCCUCUACUCUGACCGUAGACAAUCUGGGGAGGGACCCUGUGCCCGCAAACCAGACGCAUAGGACAAAGUUUAUCUAUAACCUUGAAGAUCAUGAGUGGUGUGAGAACAUGGAGUCCGUUUUAUAGUGACGCGAGCAGCUCAGAACUCUGUGUGGUAAUCAAAGGGUCAUUUUUCCUACAAAAAGAAAACAAGUUUUCCAAAAACAACUACACACACACACACACACACACACACACACACACAUCCUUUUUCUCCAAAUCAGAGCCAGACGGGAGUCAGAAUGAGGAGAGCAUGGGACCAGUGUCUGGCGAGUGACCGACCCGCGGGGCUCAGAGCCUGGUCCUUGGAGCCACCGCACAGUGUUCCAGGACACUGACAGCUGCAAGCAACAGGCACUGCCAGGUUCAGGGAACAGUGGUGCCCACUUGGAGGACGGACAUCUCCGAACACACAUACAGCAUACAGAACAACAGAACAGCCGUUCUCAGAGAGUCUACUAAAACACACGUUGACAGCAUUGCAGGAUGAGCACUAGUGACAUACCCCGUGCCCCCCCUGUGGGGGGGGCAGGCAAGUCGGAGGAGGGAAGCCCGCUCCUCUCUCUAACUUUCGCAAUAUGGGUCACUGUGUAGACCCCUCACCCAGUCUGCAUGUGGUUCCAGGCCCCCGAGUUCUCUCAGCGAUGCUAAUGGGUGAUCCGUGCUGGAGUCUAAGUGGCACCUCUCACCAGCUCCAUUUCCAUGUUCAAGACCGAGGGCCCGAGGGGGAGCCGGGCGUGGGGGGCCAGCACCUCCCUUCCCCCAGCCCCGCAGAGUGACCUCAGGAAGCGGUGGGCCUCACCUGGCUAUGACUGACCUCACUCAGAGCCGGUGAAACCCAACACAGCCCCCAUUUGCUUACAUUUGCCAAACAUUUUGCCAUUUUUUAAAAGAGGAAAAAAAAAAAUGCAAUGCAUAUGACUUUUCAACUGUUGUCUGUACAAUCCUCUAAUACUAUUUUUAACUACAUCGGAAAUCGGUGUUAACCCUUCAGUCACUAACAGUUCUCUAGGCCGGAUUUACUAUGCUGGUUGCUUUUACUUUCUUCCUUUUUUUAAUGCAUCAAAAAUAUAAUGUGAUUCAAGGGAUGAAAUUCAUCUAUUGUAAUUUUUUUCCUAAUCAUUUUAUCCUUCGGACAGUCUGCAAAAGCAAGAAUAUACAGUGUGUUGCAAAUAGGGGGGAAAUGCUCCUGCCUUGGAAAAAACCACACUGGA